UAAAAACUUCUAACGAGUAAGCAAACACAGCAAUUACAAAAACGCAGCUUCACAGGAGAGACUCAAAAACACGAUCGCGAUCCAAUUCCAGAUCUCUCUGACGUCUCUUCACGCGCGCCAUGAGGAGAGCUACCGGACUUUUCGCACGCGCCGCCGUUACAACUCCUCCGCCGCGGCUCGCAAGCGCGGCGAUGAUGAUGACCACGUGCUCCUCCUCGUCCUCCAACCCCGGGACUCGCUCCCGCCUACUGGAUGAUCUGUUGGCCCUCUCAACGCCGUCUUUCGCCGGAGGAGUCGCCGGAAUCGUGGUUUUCUCUGCCGCGGCAGCGUCGUCUCUGGCUCACGAAGUUCACGCCAAGGAGGUGCCUGGGGCAACGCGGAGAUUUAGCCCCAAGGAAGUGGUUUUGUACCAGUACGAGGCUUGUCCUUUCUGCAACAAGGUGAAAGCUUUCUUGGAUUACAACAAGAUUCCUUACAAGGUUGUUGAAGUGAAUCCCAUCAGUAAAAAGGAGAUAAAAUGGUCUGAUUAUAAGAAGGUGCCAAUUCUUACUGUUGACGGUGAACCAUUGGUUGAUUCUUCAGAGAUAAUCGAUAACUUAUCCCAAAGGAUGCAUUCAGAAUUUCCGAAGUCUGAAGAUGAUGAAGAGACUAAAUGGCGCAAGUGGGUGGACAAUCACCUUGUACAUCUUUUGUCGCCCAACAUAUACAGGAAUACUUCAGAGGCUCUCGAAUCCUUUGAUUACAUCACCACCCAUGGCAAUUUCAGCUUCACGGAAAGAUUAGUGGCAAAGUAUGCCGGCGCAACGGCUAUGUACUUUGUGUCAAAGAAACUUAAGAAGAAAUAUAACAUCACUGAUGAACGUGCAGCUCUGUAUGAAGCUGCGGAAACGUGGGUUGAUGCUUUGGAAGGCCGUCCAUACCUCGGUGGUUCAAAACCAAACUUGGCUGAUCUAGCUGUUUUCGGCGUCCUGAGGCCAAUAAGGUAUCUUAAAUCUGGAAAGGAUAUGGUGGAGAAUACGCGCAUUGGUGAAUGGUACACUCGGAUGGAAAACACGGUGGGAGAGCCUUCUCGGAUCAAAGAGUAGAGGAUGUGUGCUUCCGAUUGAACGGUGAAAAUGAACUCUUUACUGAUUUCAUUGCCUACUAUACAAACUUAGGACUAGAGGAGUAGUAAAAGGGAAUAAACAUCUCUUCUUGUGAUGAAGAAACUGAGAGAUUUUGGUCUUUGUUCUUUUUGCGGUCACUGUUGCAAUUGCAAAAUCGUUGCUUCUUUGUUUCUGUGAUUUCCUUUGGCUUUGAACGUAUUCGCAGAUUGUCUGUUUCCUUCCGAUUGAA